AUGUCGACCGCUAUCCCGCUCACCGCGCGCGCUGCAGUCAUCACCUCCUUCGACCAGCCUCUCUUGCUGAAAGAGGACCAGCCUGUCGUGCAACCGUCGGAACUCCAGCCAGGACAGUGUCUUGUGAAGAUCGAGUAUGCGGGGGUGUGCCAUUCAGAUUUGCACAUCAAGGAAGGCGGCUGGGGCCCUAUAAAGUUCCCGCUCGUCGGUGGCCAUGAAGGAAUCGGGCGUGUCGUGGCUAUUGGCGAGCAUACGGCGCGCAGCGCGGUCAAGAUUGGGGACAGGGUGGGGAUAAAGUGGAUUGCGAAUGCGUGUCUGAACUGUGAAAUGUGUCGCACGGGGAACGAGCCUAACUGUGCUGUUGGGCAUGAAACCACCCAUGGUUUCCGAGUAGAUGGCUCUUUCACUGACUACGCUGUCUCUUAUGUCGACUAUGUUACACCCAUUCCCGAAAAUCUGGAUGGUGCUGCGGCAACUCCGCUACUCUGCGCCGGAGUAACGGUCUUCAAAGCACUGAAGGAAAGCAAUCCUAAGCUCGGCCAAUGGGUUGUCUUGCCUGGCGCUGGGGGUGGGCUAGGACAUCUGGCUAUUCAAUACGCCCACGCCUUGGGUCUCCGCGUCAUCGCAAUCGACACUGGUGACGCCAAACGAGACCUCUGUCUCCGAUUGGGAGCGGAGAAGUGGAUUGACUUCAAGACUACGGAGAACAUCGUUCAGGAGAUCAAGGACACGACAGAUGGCCUUGGGGCACAUUCCGCGGUCAUCAUCUCCGCACAUCCUGGCUCAAUUGAGCAAGCGGUUGGGUAUGUCCGUCUCACUGGCACAAUUGUCAUUGUAGGCGUACCCUCUGGACUGGCGACAUUCACAAUUCCCAUCGCUGCUAUGACCAGCAAGUGUCUCACCAUUCGCGGGUCCGCUGUAGGGAGUCGUCAGGAUGUUAUCGAUGCCCUCGACCUCGCGGCGCGUGGCAAGGUCGCUGCUCACUACGAAGUUCGACCAUUCGGAGAGAUCAACAAAGCGUUUGACGAUUUGGCGGCAGGAAAAGUCGGCGGCAGAAUCAUUGUUAAAAUGCUCAUUUGCUUUGUUCUCAAAACGGCCGGUGGCUAA